AUGGAUCCUAUGGAGUCCGCACCCAUACACGCGUUAGCGCCCACGCUCAUCACCGCCGACAUGGAGAAACUCUCUCCUCACGACAAAGGUGGCAUACAGCUGCUCGAGCUUCCAACAUCCUCCGUGUCGCCGUCGAUAACUCGGGAGGACGACGGGGAGGACGCGCCGGCGGAGGAUGAGGGGCGGAAAGAGCACGGAGCGCAGCGGGCGCUCAAGGCCCCCGCGGCGUACGAGGACACGUUCCCAGACGGCGGCCAGGGCUGGGUCGUCGUCUGCGGCUGCGCUCUCUUCUGUGCGGCGACCGUGGGCUGGGGGUGCGUCUGGGGCGUCACGGAAGAGUUCUUCAAGUCGACGAUGUUCCCCGGCACGCCUGAUUCGGUGCUGACGACGCUGGGGAGCCUCCCCCCGCUGAUCAUGACCUUGGGGAGCAUCGUGGCCGGAAAGCUGGCAGACCGAUACGGGUACAAGCCCUUCCUCGCGGCGGGCGCGGUCAUCUGGGUCGCGAGCAUGGUCGCGAGCGCGUUCUGCACCGAGGUGUGGCAGUUCUUCAUCACCAUGGUCGGUCUUCGCCUCAGGCUGUUUUCAUCGUACGGAAUGGGCGUCAUGCAGGGGAUCGCGGACGCGCUCAUCUUCCCGCUCAUCGUCGCGUUGCCCACGCAAUGGUUCCUUCGCCACCGCGCCCUCGCCAUAGGCAUCGUGGUUUCCGGUAGCUCAGUCGGCGGCGCCGUUGCUUCCAUCGUCUACCGCCUCCUCAUAUCCUCGCUCGGGCUGCGCAAGGCGCUCGCCAUCUUCACCGGCAUCCACACCGCGAUGUUCGCCGCGGGCUACUUCAUGAUGACCGAGCGCCGCCCCGCGCACAAGAGGCCGGCCAUCGUCUGGUUCGACCGCGCGUUCUUCAGUGACCCGGUCUUCUGGAGCCUCGCGCUCUGCUUCUUCUUCACCGUCUUUGGGUACUUUGGCCCGAUCUUCCUCCUGCCCACCUUCACGGCCCAGGUGGCGCCCCACCUCCCGGAGCUGCUCACCGCGCUCCCGCUCACCGUGCUCAACAUCUCCGCCGCGCUCGGCCGCAUCCUCGUGGGCUUCGCCGCGGACCGCCUCGGGCCCGUGAACGCGCUGUUCGUCGCGAUCACCGCCUCGGGCCUCACCCAGCUGCUCGUGUGGAUGUUCAUCAGCUCGUACGGCGGCACGAUGGCGUUCGCCGUCCUCUACGGCUUCUUCUGCGGCUGCUUCCUCUCGCUCAUCUCCGCCGUCGCCGCCAAGGUCUACGGCGUCGCGCAGCUCGCGGGCCUCUCCGGGCUCCUCCUCCUCUUCAACGCUCCCGGGAACGCGGCGGGCGCGCCGAUCGGCGGCGCGCUGCUCGGCGCGACGGGCAACAACUGGCAGGUCGUGGCCGCGUACUCGGGCGCGGUGCAGGUCCUGGGCGCGUUGUGCCUGCUCUACGCGCGGUUCAAACGAGAGCCGCGGCUCAUAGCGGCGUACUAG